AUGAAUGUCAAUCACAAGUUUUUCAUCCACAUGUCACGUUCACUCAUGGGUAAUGAAACUGCGUGCUCCUCGUCAAUUGCCGUAAUUAUGCCGCUCGUGUUUGUGAAAUUUGUUAAUCAUAAUCACUGCCGAAUGUUAGUGCAUGCAAUCCGUCUGAUCGGUUGCCUGUGUCGAAUAAGCCGGGAACAAGCUGCUGCUCUGCGUGCCUCUACUCUCAUCCUCCCGUGGCCACCCCACCAGCCGGAUCACCAAGGCCCGUACUUGAUCCUACUCCGCCCAGUAAUUAAUACCUUUCCUUAUCUGUUCUUCUUUCUCCUUUUCUAUGCUCUUUAUCUUCAUACCUUAGAUCCUUCAUCGGUGGGUGACGUCUCUGCUAUGCGGAGAUCGAUGUUCUUCUGGGGUUCACAACAGCAGGCGCAAGCCGUUCAGGAUAAGCUAGACACGGGUAUGAUGCCCCCGCCUGUCCACAUCUUGUCGCUUCCAGGGACUCCAAACAGCAGUACGGGUCGUCGGUCUUCGUUGUUAGCCGACCAACUGACCAUGUCGUCGCCACCUAGCUUUAAAUCCGAACUGCUUGACGAAAGCAGCCGAAGCCCGCUCAAUGACGACUCCCUCGAGCGGUUUCCCACGGCGGGUGAAAAUACUAUGGAAAAUAAUCAGAUAAUGUACCGAAGACGAAGCGUUCGGCAACCGAGCAUGGACCUGAUGGAAGACAGUUCCAGUAUGUCUUUGCUCAUAAACGAGAACAGUGCAAUGGAUGUGGGGAACGUGCAGAGCGCGAUUGUAGGUUUCCGAAGCGGAUUGAAUACUCUGAUGGAAACGAACGAGAUGAGCAACUCAUCGACAUCCCCGUCGGCAUCCGAAUUGAAGGUCAUGGACCUGUGCAUCAAGCAGGACGCACACAAGCUUUCUUCCGCGAGGAAUCAAAUCGAACAUAUGAUAACCGCAUCUAGUGCCCCGCUGGACACUCUAAACCAAGUCGACGGCAUGAAGUCUCCUUACAAAGUGGAAGACAUGCUGACGGCUUCGAUUCAACCGACUGGUCAACAAGUGAUAGAAUCCACUUUGGCAAGCAUCGUCAACAGUCAGCAAGCUGCUGCAGCCAUCAUGGAACUUGGUGCAGUACUAUCGCAUCCCAGUAGUAAUCCGCCCUCAAUGACAACUUCACCUCCAAUGAUGCAAACCGAUAUUGUUAGUCCAGGCAAUCCCGCCAAUCGGACGCCCCCAUCCCAGGACGUUAUGCUAAACGCCCAACCCCCGAUAGCCAUCACAUCACAAGCUAAUCUUGUUCUCGCACCCAGUCCAGGAUCCAACGAAGCUAGUCCACAUCCUCAUUCAUCGUUGUCGCCGGAACUCAUACUCAACCCAACUGUUUCGCCUACUUCGAUGAUCUGCUCACCUGUUAACGCAACCGUAGCGGCCACCGCAGCGGCCGCCGUUGCCGCAGCUGCAGCCGUCUCUGAAGGCAAAAACAUGUUUACGAACCAAGUUCUAAACAACAUGGCCGCCGUAGCUGCCAACAUAAUCGAAUCCCAACCCAAGCAAACCACCCAAGCCGUGCAGGACAUCAUUCUCAAUGCCGCCGCCGAAAUCCUAACUUCUCAGGAGCCAUCGGUCACCACGCAAAACACCAUCAAUGCGUUAAUUACGAUGAAUGCGCAGGAAAUGAUGACCACCUCGUGUCAACCACAAACCCAACACAACCUACUACCUCAGUGCCAACCUACGCCAAUGGUUUCGGAAUCAAUGGCGGAAGCCUUACAACAGCAGCAGCAACACCAAAUGGUACAAAACCUCAUAACAGAAAGCCUCCAGCAACAACAACAGCAAACCACCGAAUCUCUCAUGGCAAACUUGGUAAACCAACAACAACAACAACAACAACAGAAUCAAUCGCAGCAACCGCCAUCCGAACAGAUGGACAUCGGAGGUGCGAUUCUACCGCUAACCGUACAACAACCCCUGCAGCAACCGAUGGACACCACCGGACCUCUUAUGGGCAUCAACCCGAUGCUCCAACAACAACAACAGACCCAACAGCAGCAACAAACACCGAUGAUUACGGGUGUGAUCAUGCAACAACAGCAGCAACAACAAAUGCAAACCAAUGCACCACCAACGCAACAGGAACAAACGCAACAGCAGCAGCAGCAGCAGCCACCGGCCAACAUACCGCAAGAGCUCACCAUCAUGUCGGACAACGAUCUCAUCAGCUACAUCAACCCGAACGCCUUCGACGGAGUUUAGUCGACGUGGGACCUUCCUUAAACAACACGUUGUGGUAGGCGUGGAAGGACGACGACCGGUCGCUAACGGUGACGGCACUAACCAGAGGCGAUUUGCCAGACGAUCAGCAUUUCGCCCCAUGCAGCCACCAGUCAGUCAGCGAGACUACUACGUUUCCCGUUAAUCGUCAUCCAGCGACUGUGCGCGCCACACCCGCUACGCACCGUGUACGCUCCUGCCCAUGGGGGAAAAGCUAUUUCCGACAUAUUCUAUCGGAUGGCUAUUUCCUGGUGAGAAAUAGCUUUCAACCACCGGUGGGAAGCAUCGAAGUUGGUAAGUAAAACGAGUUUGGGUAGGUUUUUAAAGAUGAAAAUCGGAGCGAUCCACAAUACUUUUGGAAAUCGAAUGUCGAAACAUUUUAAGUCGUUUAGGAAAAAGGAAGAAAAUUUUCAAUGUUCGUAAAUGCUGUGCAAUAUUUUGCACACGAAGAUCAAGAUUUAUAUUUGUUGAAUCAACAUUCUUAGGCAAAACAAUUUAUAUGAAAAUAGAACAAAAACGUAGAUGAUCACGGUACUAAAUAACGUUUAACGAAAUUUUUAUAUACUAAAAGUAUGUAUUGUAAUCUGUCAAUAUUCAGGAUACUAUUUCUCUCAGUGUUUCGUCGAUGAAUUGCACAUUAAAAACUGUUUUAUCAAUCGGUACUAUUAUCUUGUUAUGAUCCGGUAUUAUACAUCAAUACUAUAAAUGAGAAGAUCAGCCCUCCUCUUAGUUCUGUAGCAUUUUGUUUGUCAGGAAAAGGAAACUGGCGAUGAUGUGAGUUUUGAGAACAUUGAUUGCUUAAUUUUUGUCCCUGGAGUAGGUAUCAUUUUUUUACUAUUUUAUUCCUCAAUUUUUUUAUGCUGGUACAAUUGCCUUGAGUGUAAAUGUUUACUGCACAUUCAGUAUAAUAACAUACGUUUUUAUUCUUAGUCUUCAUGUCCUGAACUAAAAUUUAAGGCUACAAACCGGAAAGUAUUUUAGAUCGUGACAAUUGCUUGCAUGAAAAAGAAAUUCCAAAAGAUAAAACUGUAAGUGCUGUAUGUCCGUGUUCGAUUUUCUUUCCGUUCAUUACCUUAUAAAAUGCUCGUUCAAAAAAUACAAAACAUCUGAUUGUACAGCGCAAUGCAACUAUCAUUGAUUGUGACAUUGUUUAGAAGUUUAGUGUAACUCAUUGUUCAUCUAAAUUAUGUCAGUAACCUAAGCAUUAUACUUUCUAGUCGAUGUCAAGCUUUUAGCUUGCAUAACAAAGUCGUACAUAGCACCGAUUGUAGAACAUUUUAAAACAUCAUAUGUAUACCUAUCUUCUAUCUGGAUUUCUCAAGAUUUCAUAACUUUCAUCAAAAAACGCAUACGUAUUAUAUGAAGAAGUCAGCUGGUUGAUAGGAAAAAAGCCUUAUCCUAGUGUCCAGAAAGCCUUAUAAAUGUUUAUUACAAGUAUUUGAUUGACUGAUGUUUUUCGAGAAUAAUAUGUCAAAAAUCAUUCGUCUAACCAGGCCUGAUAGAAAUGUUAGCUUUGAACCCGUAUAACCAGUUUAAGCGAAAACAUUAAACAUACUACACAGACUGCCAUUCAGAAUUUAGGUAAAACACAAUUAGACAAACACAUAUUUACGUGUGUAGAUCGAUACAUACUAAAAACUGGGAAACAGUGUGAUAAGAACAAUAGAAAGAAGGCAUCAAAUUAUCAAAUAUAUCAGUCAGCACACAGAGAUAACCUGAACAAAACUAGCAGUAGAUGUUGUGCAACUUGUUGAACUUUUCGUGGAACACAGUUUCUUAGAGAGAUAGAGAACCUGAGGUAUGCCUAUUACAGAGUACGGCCUUCCACAUUGUAGUGGAAGGCAGCACCCUAUUCAGGGAAUAAACAAUAGAAAACCGAAGUGAGCCCAGGAGUAUAAUUAGUGAAGCUAUUUUUAGGAUUAGUUAUUACAUUUAAUGAUUUUGUUACAUUGUUGUCUUACUGUGAAAAAAGUCUAUAUGUUAUAUCUUAUAAAAAACAAAUGUUUAACGAAAAAAAAACACUAGUUUACCACUAAUUUACCUACAUACAUACAUAUUAAUUGUAAAAGAAAAUACAUUAAACGAGUGCAAGCUCAAACGUUUCACAAAGACAUAAUGGUAGAGAAGAAGGCGCACGGUUCUCAGGUACAGUGCCGAAACGAAGUGAUUUCUAGUUGGCCCUGAUGACUUUUUUGGCCGACUCAUUGGCAGGUCCUGUUGGUUAAGUCGAAGCACCUAAGUAAGACACAAACUAACGAAUACAAAGACUGCAUAAAGUACGCCAUAGAUGUAUAGGAACCACUUUUGAGAAUACGUCGGGUUUUCCCUUUCAUUCGGUAUUGUGCUCGGUAUUCGUUCGGAAUGACAGGGCGUUACAUUACAAUUGAUGUAUCUAUUGUGACGUUUUUAAAACCUUACUGCAGGAAGUAAAAUAAACUAUUUUGUCUAUUUUUGUGUUAA